UUACGUCGCGGGACGAAAAGCUUCUCGUCUCGAGACACGCUUCAUGGAUACAGCUGACUUCUGCUCGGCGAAGAUGCACAUGUGACGUUUGCACGUCUUGUUUACAUCAGAAUGUCUCAGCUGCAGCCACCGAUCCAGAUCCCACUCGCGGCAGGGCCCCUGCUGGACGUCCAGGAGAUGCGGUUCUGGCUGGACAAAGCAGUGGCGUGGGGCCAGGCCGACCGCCCCGGCACUCGGAAAGACACCGCCCUGCACUUGAGCAGACUGAGGGAUUUCCUCCAGCAACUCCUCACAUUUAUCAACAGCGUGAGCUCCACAGCAGAGACCAUGAAGAGGCUGCCCCUCCUCGGACAGUUCCUUGGCCGACUCUGCUGGAACCCUUAUGUCACCGCCGAUGCUCCGGGCAGGAGGCUGUUGUUCCAGAGUCUGUGGGGACUGUACUCGGAGUGUCCAGGCAGUGCUGUGGAAACAAAGGCUAACCAGUGGAUACGGAAGGUGCUGUGUCAGCUUGCUACGGAGGAAGACGAUGCUCCGGCGCAGGCGUUGAUGAAGCAAAUUGGCGUUCCACCUCAAGAGUACCAUCUCGAGGUUCUGAGAAAGACGGUGGCACUGCUGCAGGAAAACAUCGGGAAGAGAUGCAGUUCUUUGGGCGACAUUAAUCAGAGGUGUUCAUGCGACAGCAUUCUGGCCACAUCAGAAGCCUGCGUCCCCCUGGUCACGUGCCCCGAGGCGGCUCCUCUCAUUGGUGCACUGCUGCAGCUGCCAGGGACUUGUGUCCGGGCGGCACUGAGUGAACACUUCCUGGAUGCUGUGAGCUCCGCCUACUCCAGCCAAUGCUUGCCAUUGGAGGAGCAGGCUGUGGUCUCUCUGUGGUCUCACCACCUGUCCAGCCUGGAGGAGGCCGUGCUCAGUCUGCUGGAGUGCGCUCUCACCACCUCGGGGUCAAAUCCUCAGAAGCAACUGGAACAGUCACUGCUUCCCAAAGCCUGUGCUCAGCACUGCUCUCUGUUCCUGGUUGUGAACGACAUCUUCAGGUCCCUCCUUAAGCAGGCCGAAGGGAAAGAGUCCGUGAAGUAUUUCAUCCAGGCCUUCACCGGCUGCUUCCUCCGGGAACGAGCACUGCAGCAGCAGACGAGGGUAUCUUUGAAGGCCAUGUUCCCACAGUCGCCUUCCAGUCUGCUGCUUCCUCUCUUGACCCGCCCGUCAGAGGUGCCUCAGGAGGCCCGGAGACGUCACCUGAACUGGCUCAGCGGCUCGUUACAGAGACUGGCCGAGGAGGAAGAGGAGGAAGAGGAGGGAGACGGAGACAACGGCACCAGCUUAGCGGGGUACCACCGAGUGUUCGAGGCCUGGUUCCUGCUGGUCCAGUGCGCCCACUGGGUGCAAGUGGCCGUCCAGCUGCUGGUGACAUCGGAACCCGAGGCCCGCGGCCCCCUGUGGUGGCUGCUCCUCUUCUACCACCACCCCACCAACAGGGGGCAUGACCGAGCGCGACAGCUGGUCCAGGGGAGAGAGGCAUGGGAGCACCUCCACGCCCUGCUCCUGACCUCGGCUGUGGACCGCCUGCAGCCGUUGGUCACUCUGCUGGCACCACGAGGUCAGCGGCCGUCUCCAUCGCUGAUCCUCCACCUGUUGGUCAACUGGGCUGUCUUUCUCCAGCAGACCCCGAGUGCAGCGACAGAAGUCAUCCAGGCGGUGCUGGAGCAGUGUUCUCUGGUUGAAGAGGCGCAGUGUGUCCUCAGCUCCCUGGAGUUCAGGCUAAAGGAAGAGAACUGCUUAUCAAGCGACACAAAACGAGUUCAUCUCAGGAUCCACGCACUUCAAAACACACUCACACGUAUGCAUGCAGCAUCAAGGCCUGCCGAGGACUAAGCACACACACACACACACACUCACAAUAAUUAAUAAAGCAACACAGCAGUGAGUUCCUCCUCAGCUCAGGGUUUUUCCAAGGCACCUUUGCAGAAUGUCAAAUAGCCUCUCUGGUGAAGACGUUCUGCGCUGCAGUGACAUGAGUGUGUCAAAACAGCACAGCAAGCACAGAUUAUGUGGAGAGGCUACAAUUAUACACACACACACGCACACACACGCACACACACACACACACGGUCCACAAGGACACUUGAACAGUGACAGAUUGCGAAGAAGCAGCGGCUCGUACGAUGUGUCAGAGUCCUCCCACUCAUUGUCCCACGAUAAACUUCCUUCACGCUCCACAUGCCGACUGGAGGACAUUAAUAUUCGGAGGACAGGAAAACCAACUUGUGUGGGAUUUGUAUUCAAAUUGUGUAAUGUUAUAAGAAAAAACAUAUAUCGCCAGUACUGAGUAUAUAUGAUCAAAUGUAAAUAUUAAUAUAUUUUCGCAUUUUCUAUUGCUUUCUUAUUUAUACAGAUGGAGAAUGACUGUUUUUGUGUUCUCCAACGACUAGAAGCAUUGGGGUACCUGGCUUACAUAACAACCUCUAUGAGUACUGAUGACUACUGCAUGAGCUGUACACACAUACACACAAACGCAUACUAUUUAUUGUGCUGGCAUCGUGCAGGAUGUUUGAUAUUGUGUUUUCUAUGUGGUGCAUAAUGUACUUGUAAUUAGCCAACAGAUUUGAUUUCCACAUUUUUAAGAGUAAAAUUUGGGCUAAAUAUUGGAGUACUAUGGAAAUGCAUUUUCUCUUUCAAUAGAUGUGGUACUUCAACAUUCAGUAUGUGUGUUACUGUAAUCAACAACAAAUUCAACUCAAAUAGAGGUUGAUGCCUUUUGACUUUUAAGGUAUUUGCCUGUCUAGGUCAGUAUAAAUUAAAAAGUUCAUACUAUAGUAUGUCA